GGGAAGGGACAUCACACUCCGUCGAUGGUUGUCAUGAGGAUAAGAAAUGUGCACAGAAGGAAAUGUGCUCUUAUUUGUCUGCUCAUCGCCGCCUUCAUCAUCUACAGAUAUCUAGGCACAAUUUCUUCUUCCAGCACAGCAACAGCAAGACGUAGAAUGAGCAGGAAGGUGGGCCUGAGUGCCAACUCGUCUGAGUUUACCCUGGAGGGAGAACCUUUCCGCAUCAUUGGGGGGUCGAUCCACUAUUUCCGUGUCCCCAGGGCCUACUGGAGGGACCGCCUGAUGAAAAUGAAGGCGUGUGGAAUCAACACACUCACCACGUAUGUGGCGUGGAGUUUGCACCAGCCUGAGAGAGGGAUUUUCAACUUCAACACACAGCUGGAUUUAGAGACCUACAUCACCCUGGCUGCUGAAUUGGGAUUAUGGGUAAUUCUACGUCCAGGGCCUUACAUUUCCUCCGAGAUGGAUUUGGGAGGUUUGCCGAGCUGGCUCCUCCGUGACAGCAACAUGAGACUAAGAACAACUUACCCAGGCUUCACAGAGGCUGUCGACACUUAUUUUGACAAACUUAUUCCAAAAGUCGUCCCUCUGCAGUUCAAGAAAGGCGGUCCAAUCAUUGCUGUGCAGGUUGAAAAUGAGUACGGAUCAUUUGCAAAGGAUGAAACUUACAUGCUUUACAUUAAAGAGGCUCUGCAGUCCCGAGGGAUCAGUGAGCUCCUUUUGACAGCAGACAUUCACAACACGUUAAGGCCAGGCAGGGUUUCUGGAGCUCUCAGCACAGUGAAGCUGCAGAAGCUUCAUCCCAGAGAAAUUCAGGAUUUGAACGGCAUGCAGCCCAACAGUCCCACCAUGGUGAUGGAUUACUGGACUGGCUGGUAUGACGUUUGGGGAGACGUUCACCAUGUGCUCCCUCCAGAGGAUAUGGUGUCCACCGUGAGGGAGAUCCUGAGGCGAGGCCUGUCCAUCAACCUCUACAUGUUUCACGGAGGCUCCAGCUUUGGCUUCAUGAGCGGCGCGCUGGCUCGUCCAUCCUACAGAGCCUUAGUCCCCAGCUACGAUUAUGACGCUCCCUUGUCUGAAGCUGGGGAGUACACACCUAAGUACCAUCUCCUCAGGGAUCUGCUGUCUCGUUACCACAGAGGGGAGAGUUUCCCCAACAUGCCCCCUCUGCAUUACCGGGAGACGUAUGAAUCAGCUAUAGUGUACCAGUACCUGUCCUUGUGGGAUGCCCUGAGCAUCACUGAGAGACCAUUUAAAUCACCGAAGACCAUAACAAUGGAGAAUUUACCUGUGAACAACAGGAAUGGUCAGUCCUACGGAUACACACUGUAUGAGACAACCAUCACCAGGGGAGGACUUUUGAAGUCUGAAGACAACGUCCGAGACCGAGCCCUUGUGUUUGUAGAGAAAAGCUACAUUGGGCUUUUUAAUCGCAGGAACCUGGAAUUGGCCAUUCCUGAUGGUAAGGGUCAGCGGAUCUUAAGUUUAUUAGUAGAAAACUGUGGGCGGGUGCACCAAGGAAGAGACAUCGAUGAACAACGCAAAGGGCUUGUGGGCGACAUUUUAUUAAACAAUAUCCCCUUGCGGGACUUUGUAAUAUACAGCCUGGAUAUGAAGCCCAGCUUUAUUGAUAGUCUUCAUCAGGCACCAUGGAAGACUCUGCCUGACAAUCCAAGCUUCCCGGGAUUUUUUAUGGGGAGGCUCUUUGUGUACGGGUAUCCGAGUGACACAUUUAUGAAGCUGACAGGCUGGGAAAAAGGUGUUGUGUUCAUCAAUGGGCUCAAUCUGGGCCGCUAUUGGUCCAUUGGCCCCCAGCUGACUCUCUACCUCCCAGGUCCUCUUCUCAACAGUGUCAAUCAGGUCAUUGUAUUUGAGGAGCAAGAGGGCGACUACAAAGUGCAUUUUGAGGAUACGCCUGAUCUUGGCUUGGCAGCAGAUAUCCAGUGAUG